AUGGCCAAACCAGCAGCAAUGGCUGUAGACACCCUCCCGAGGUUCUUGCUCCCGAGACUCAGCUGGACUGGUCCUGCAACGGCUUCCCAAGCUCUGCGACCCCUCACUUCUCUCCCAGCGAGCUCCCGUCGACGGAUGCACACCCAGCCCAAUGCGUUGCACGACUCGAACAGAUCUCCAAAAUGCCGCAGCACCGCCUUCAAUCCCAAGCGCGCUUCGAUCCUCGAAACCCCGGGACUGACGAAAUCGUUCCAUGCGACUCCUGCGAGACGACGGGACCACCACUUUGAUACCUUGAAGUUUGUGCAGCGGUUGAAGAGCGAGGGUUUCACAGAGGUGCAAGCCGAAGCCAUGAUGAAAGUCCUCAACGAUGUGAUACAGGAGAGCAUACAAAACCUUACCCGAACCAUGGUCCUCCGCGAAGACGCUGCCAAGGCCACAUACACCCAGAAGGUCGACUUCGCCAAGCUGCGCUCCGAGCUCCUCUCCGCCGACAGCACCGAGUCCAACACGACGCGCGCGUCCCAUGAGAAGCUGAGCAACGAUAUUGCAAAGCUCAACUCCCGUUUGCGCGACGAAAUCGGUCGGACGCAAGCUAGCGUACGUCUGGAUCUCAACUUGGAGAAGGGCCGUAUCCGUGAGGAGGCUGUCGGCCAAGAGCUCAAGAUUAAGGAGACGGAGACCAAGAUUGAGCAGGAGGUUGCGGCGCUGCGCGAGAAGCUCGAGCAAGUCAAGUUCCAGACGCUGCAGUGGCUCAUGGGAGUCUGUACCGGUUUCGCCGCUCUCCUGCUUGGUGCCUGGAGAUUGCUCAUGUGA